UGUAUUUAGGAACGCAAGUGAACGAGUAGAAGCAAGCCAGCAGGCAGGAUCUUUAAGUGAAAAAAAAUAUACAACGUGAUAUAUUAAUAAAUUUAUUAUUACAUAUUAAAGUACUCCUGUGAUGUUGAUGCGUUUGUUUUUUUUAAUUAAUAUAAAAAUAAGUUGUAUUUAUUAAUUAGAUAUUAUGGCGGUUGAUAAAGUGUGGAAAUCAGAGUUAUGGAAAUCAUGGGAUAAGCAUGGAAAAAAUGAUUACCUCAAGAUAUUCAAGAACAAAUUCAAGGAAGGCAACACCACAGAAUGGCAACGAGGAUUAUACGAAUUGAUUUCAAGCGGGACCCAGGGGACAGUAAAAAAAGACAAUGUCGUAUCUACUUUAGCAGAACUUGUGGCCAUCGACCCCAGCGUGUCAUCAGCAGUCGUGGAUUUGUUUACUUUGAUAGACGUGGAAGUACUCAACGAUCACCGGAACAAUUUUUAUUACAUCGUAAAGGAAAGCGAAAAGUUUUUAACAGAUAGGAUUUUGAAAGAACGUCUGGAGAUUGAUACACUUCAAGAUGUCGGUACAUUAAAAAACCGUAAUUUUCAUACAAAGUUUAUAAAAGUUAAAACAAAACUCUAUUACAAGCAGCGUAAAUUCAAUUUAUUUCGCGAAGAAAGUGAAGGUUACUCGAAACUUAUCGUUGAAUUAAAUCAGGAAAGAACAAGCGGUCAAGUGUUGACGACUUUGGAAAUCGUCAAGUCUUUGAUUGGUUAUUUUAAUCUUGAUCCGAAUAGAGUACUCGAUAUUUUACUUGAGACCUUUGAAAACAGGCCGCAGGAUGACGCACUAUUUAUACCACUGAUCAGAUCGUACAUGAGUGAUCACCAAGUUUUAUGUGAAGUAUUAGGUUUUAAAUAUUGUUGCAAUGUUGAAGCAACGCCCUUUUCUCUCCAGAAAGUAACAGCACUGAUGCUCCAGCACGGCGUGAUUGAUCUAGAUGACAUAUUGCCGUGGCUGGUACCCGAUGAUAAAGUUAUCAUAAAAGACCACGAGCAGAUAAUGCGCCAAGCUAAAGAAUACGUAAGUAAAAUGAGUGUAAUAUCAACAAGAGACAAAGAGGAGACACCAGCAGAAGAAAAAGAAGUUGUCCCUGAUAAAUAUACUGGCAAUCAGAAAUUCGGAUUGUGCGAAGCGUUGCUGGAAGUUGGAGCUUGGGACGUAGCUCAGAGAUUGUUUAGUAGAUUGCCAGAUCAUUGUAUGACUGACCAACGACCCAUAGCAUUAGCAUUGUGCAAAUUAAUCCAGUCCCUUAUUGAACCGGUCUAUCGUAAGCACUGUAUUGUAACGCCUAAAUUACCGGGUCGUAAAGUAACAACAUUAACAUCGCAAUUAGCACCGGAGCCUAUACAAAAUAUCGCGGAUAUACAUGACAAAUUAUUACCCAUGUUAAUUAUUCUCGGUCCCAAUCUACACCAUGAUCCCAUUCUUAUGUACAAAAUAAUGAGAUUAUGUCACGCUGCUAUCAAACAGUGUCCGCUUGAUUCCGGUAAACAGCCAAUCGAUAAAACAAAUAAUAUUUAUUAUGACAUACUCACUAUCCUUGAUGUCGCUCUAUUACCGUCACUCUCUUUUAUGGACUGUAACUGUUGUGUCGCGGAGGAAAUGUGGAAUAUUCUCAAGCAUUAUCCCUAUCAAAAUCGUUAUUGUCUAUAUGCGAGGUGGAAAAACGAUACGCCUUUGCAACAUGCAGCUUUGUUACGGAAACGUACUGAUGCUCAGAAAAAAAUUAAGUCUAUUAUGAAACGUGUUAGCAAAGAGACCAUUAAACCCGUUGGAAGGUCUAUUGGUAAACUUACUCACUCAUCUCCUGGAGUACUUUUUGAUUAUAUACUUAUACAGAUUCAGCUCUAUGACAAUCUGAUAGGACCUGUGGUGGACUCUUUGAAAUAUUUAACAAACAUUUCUUAUGACGUCUUGGGUUACUGUUUGGUAGAAGCAUUAGCUGGAGCUGAUCGUGACAGAUUGAAACACGAUGGAAAUAGUAUUUCACUCUGGCUACAGUCUCUAGCGUCGUUUUGCGGAGCGAUAUUCAAAAAAUAUAAUAUUGAGUUGACUGGAUUGCUUCAGUACGUUGCUAAUCAACUCAAAGCACAAAAAAGUUUGGAUUUAUUGAUACUUAAAGAAAUAGUACAGAAAAUGGCUGGCGUUGAAGCAGCUGAAGAAAUGACAUCCGACCAAUUAGACGCGAUGGCAGGCGGUGAUCUAUUGAAAAACGAAGCCGGUUAUUUCAGCCAAGUUCGCAAUACUAAAAAAUCAUCACUAAGAUUAAAAGAAGCUCUGUCGGAAAAUGAUUUAGCCGUCGCUUUGUGUCUUUUGAUGGCGCAGCAAAAGCACUGUGUUGUUUAUCGUGAAACAGAUCAAUCUCAUCUUAAACUUGUCGGAAAACUUUAUGAUCAGUGUCAUGAUACGCUCGUACAGUUUGGUACAUUUUUGGGAUCAACAUUGACAGUAGAUGAGUAUGUGGAAAAAUUACCAAGCAUUCAUGGAAUGCUUCAAGACUAUCACAUACAUGCUGAUGUUGCAUUUUUCCUUGCACGUCCAAUGUUCGCCCAUGCUAUCAAUAUAAAGUAUGAUGAGCUACGUAAAGCUGAUCCGAACUACAAGAAAAUGUCGUCGGCGAUGAAGCAAGCCAAGUGGGCAGAAGCUGCCCAAUAUGUUAUGGCACCAGUAGCACUUUCUGUAAGACCUCUGCAUCCUCUCAAAGUGUGGGAAGACAUUUCACCUCAGUUUCUCGUCACUUUUUGGUCUCUGUCUAUGUACGAUCUCUUUGUUCCCGCUGACAGUUAUCAGCGUGAAAUAAAUAAAAUAAAACAGCAGGCUAUCCAAGCUGCUGAUUCCAAAGACAUGAAUGUCAGCAAAGGUAAGAAAGAACAAGAUCGCUACACUGCAUUGAUAGAAAAAUUACAGGAUGAAAAGAAAAAACAGGAAGAACAUGUUGAGAAAGUUUUUGCAUAUUUACGACAAGAAAAAGAUUCAUGGUUUCUGUCACGAAGUGCGAAGUCGGCAAAAAAUGAAACAAUCACACAAUUUCUGCAACUGUGUCUAUUUCCAAGGUGUACUUUUACCACAGUCGAUGCGAUGUAUUGUGCUAAAUUCGUUCAUACUAUUCAUUCACUUAAAACUGCUAAUUUUUCCACACUCCUUUGUUACGACAGACUCUUUUGUGAUAUCACUUACUCAGUAACGUCUUGCACUGAGAACGAAGCUAAUCGUUACGGUCGUUUUCUUUGUGCUAUGCUUGAAACUGUUAUGAGAUGGCAUUCUGAAAAAGCCAUAUUCGACAAGGAGUGUAGUAAUUAUCCUGGUUUUGUUACUAAAUUCCGUGUGAGUAAUCAAUUUUCCGAAGCUAAUGACAUGGUUGGAUUUGAAAACUAUAGGCACGUGUGUCAUAAAUGGCAUUAUAAAAUUACUAAGGCAAUUGUUGUAUGUCUUGAUUCAAAAGAUUAUGUGCAGAUACGUAACUCUCUUAUUAUAUUGAUUAAAAUCCUUCCUCAUUUUCCCGUUCUUGCCAAAUUAUCACAAAUUUUAGAACGAAAAGUUGAAAAAGUACGAGAAGAAGAACGUGGACAGCGACAAGAUUUACAUGUACUUGCAACUUCUUAUUGUGGACAGUUGAAAGCUAAAACACCACAGAUGAUACGUGAAUCUGAUUUUCAUCAUGUUGGUGAUAAAGCGGGAAAAACCCAAGAAAAUACAAACAGUGAAAGUUCUGAAAAAACAAGCAAUGGAAUUCCUACUAAAGAAGUUAAUAGCAAUGGCGAUACCCGCGUUGAUAAAGAUAAAGAGCAACGUGAUAAACGAACUCCGAGUCAAACCUAUCAUGAGACUACUGAGAAAACUCGCAAGAAAGAAGAACCAAAAGAAGUACCGGAAGUAAAAGAAAAGUAUGUGAAAAAAGAUGAGAUAAAAGAUGAUGAGACUAUUGAUAAAAAAGAUCGGAAAUAUUAUAAAGAAGAGCAUUAUUAUAGUGGAGGAGUUGAUAAUUUAGAUCGUGAUCUUUCUAGUGUGUCGAACAGCAGCGCUAGCUCUGGCCAAGCUCAAGAUGGUCCUGAUCGAGAGCCUAAAAGAAGAAAAAUCGAUAGCAUCCCGAAGGAAAGCAGACGAACUGACAGCAGUAGUGAGAAAAAAGAACGUUCUAGUAAAACUAAAGUCCGUGAUGAGCAGAAAGAAUUACGCAGAGAGAAAAAACUAGGCCGCAAAAGAGAUCGUACGGAUGAAGCAAUUGCUGCUGCUGAGCAAAAGCGAAGAAAAGAUGAUGACAGGGCUAAAGCUCAUCAGAAUGGUGACUUACCUGAACAUCGGGAAAAACAUCAUUAUCCUAAAGAAAAAUCUCCAUACGGAAAAGACCGCGCUCAUGAACGCGAGGGCCGCGAAGGAAGAGAUAAACAUAGGCGGAGUUCAGAUCCAAAACGAAGAUGAUGUAUCAUGGAAAAAAUUUGAAUAACAUUUUAUAUUACACAUAAACGUUGUAUGUAAUAAUUGAUAAUUAAAAAAUACAAUUUGAAUUUGAAUCUAAUUAAUAA